UGGGCGCAGAUGAAACGACUCGGCACCUCCACCCCCCAAGAGCGAGGCAGCUUCCCUUCCCUUGCUCUCGGGUCGGGUCUCCUCCCUGAAGGCGGAGCUUGGGGGCGCGCAGGCACAAGUUUGGGCGAGGCGGCUGCAGCGAGUUCCGGGCUGGGAGAGUGCUGGAAAGCAGCGUCAGGAUCAUGGAGAGCGGCGGGGGCGCCUACGGAGCCAGCAAGGCCGGCGGCACCUUCGACCUGUGGCGCUUUCUGCAGCAGCCUCAGGUGGUGGCGCGCGUCCUGAGCGCGGUGUUUGCGCUCAUAGUUUUCUCCUGUAUCAUUGGAGAAGGCUACACCAACCGUUCUAGUUCUCAAGAUCUCUAUUGCAUCUUUAACCGCAGUGAGGAUGCCUGUCGCUAUGGCAUUGGAAUAGGUGUUCUUGCCUUCUUGGCCUGUGUAUUCUUCUUCAUGGUUGAUGCCUACUUCCCACAGAUUAGCAGUGCCACUGAUCGCAAGUACCUCGUUAUGGCUGACUUGGGCUUCUCAGCUCUCUGGACCUUUUUGUGGUUCAUUGGGUUCUGUGUGCUGACAAACCAAUGGGCAUCAACACACCCUGCCGAUGUAGGUGUUGGGGCUGAUUCUGCUCGUGCUUCAAUUGCCUUCAGUUUCUUCUCCAUUUUCUCGUGGGGGCUCCUGAUCACUUUUGCACUUCAACGCUACCGCAUGGGUGUGCAAGAUUUUGCCCACAGUUACAUUGACCCGGCUCCAGACCCUACAACCCCCUACUCCAGCUAUCCAAAUGUCAGCCACGAAAGCUACCAGCAGCCACCCUUCACUCACAUGAGAGAGGACUCAGAGGGCUACCAGCCUCCGCCUGUGUAUUGAUUUGCUACCAAUGUUAAAGCAGCUAACAGGGAUCGCCAUGUAAAUGCAAUUGAUUCACUGCUUGGCUGGAAAGGGGCAUCUACUGUUAAAAGUGGCAAGGGAGCCACAAUUUUGUGUGAUAGGUUCUGAGAUAUUCCUGCUGUUCUCUGCCCUUUCUAAAAGGGGCUUCUCUUAAAGAACAGGCUUUAUGUUCUGUUCAGCUAUGGGCAGUAUUCUUUAGGCCUGUGUGUGAAUUAUAAGGCAUAAAAAUGGCUGAAUCAAUGCAGUGGAAUCCUCAAGAGUUGGCAUCAAAUCUCUGUUGUAGCUAACUUAUGAGAUGGGUGAUAAUACUUUUUUAAAAUGUCCAGGAACAAGUAAAUGUGCUGUUCCUUUAUUUCCUAGGGAGACUCCUUGAUGUUACUAGUUAAAUAAUAUGCUUUCCCCUGAAGUGCCAUUAUGCCACUGCCUAGAUCGCCUUUAUUUUUUACGGUAUUCACAGCUCCUGUGUAGGGGUUCAAUUCCCAUGGCUCCUAUGGUGCUGCUUUUCUAGGCUGAAGUGAAAUACAGUGUGUUCCUAGUUCUGCUUUUCAGUACCAUUGGAUGGACUUGAUGCCAAAGCCUAGGUCUACAGGCCUUUUUUGGUUUUAUAAAAACCAUUUUGUGUAUGAAGAUUUGGAUUUUAAGUACUGCAAUAUGAGUAAUAGAUGUUAACUGCUGUACAGUUUGCUUAUUCAGUCCUAGUUCAGAAUAGGAGAAAGCAAGCUGCUCUCUGGAUUAGGGUUUUCAGACUGUGAUCUGAAGUAGAAGGUAGACUCUGUGCCUACUCUGAAAUGGAGAAACAACUUGAAGCUUUCAGUGCAACUUUUCCUGGAUACGGGAAGAGCUGUGGUCUCCUUCCUUACACUAUCUCUGCAAGCAGGGUUGUGUCUAUUUAUUUCCCAAAUGUACUUGAUAUAGAAAAAUUAUUCUCUCAAGUUGGAAGAGGGUUCAAACGUAUUGAGCACCUGGAAAUAAAAUCUUUUCACUUCUA